GGAGAUUCGUGUGGUGCGCGACUGGGCACUGUUAUUCGUUCCUUCUGGUGAAUUUAGGAUUCGCAUUCGCAUCUGCAGAAGAGAACGAAGCAGAUAUACUUUAAUCUACCUUUUUCGAAGGCGGCCCUUCGAUGAGGGCUAUACCGCAGGAAAAAGUCCAGCGAGAAUCGAGCUGACGUGAUUCACCCUUUUUUUCGCAUUCGCAUGGCCGCGCUUCCUCGUUUGUUCCUUCUCGAAGUUCUUUCCCGAUAGCCCGAACCUCGAGGCGGAUAGCUUAUCCUUGUGAGGUAUAAAAACCUCCCUCUCGGGGUCAUGAAAGAGCCCAUUGCUUCCCCAUUGAUUCUCCCCGACCAUGCAGCUCAAAUCCUUUGUUCUAUUUGCAUUGUCCGUUGCCUCGUUUGUUGUGGCAGUACCCAACGCGGAAUCAAAGCGUCAGGCUGUGCCAUUGGCAGCCGUGUACACCACCUGCGUGAAGCCGCGCACCAUUGCUUUCACCUUUGACGAUGGUCCUCACAUCUACAAUUAUGAUAUUUUGGAGGCUUUGAAAAAGGUCGGGGCCAAGGGUACCUUUUUCCUUAAUGGCAACAACUGGAACUGCAUCUACGACCUGGAUCAAACCGUCCGAAACAUACAUUCCGAGGGUCAUCAAAUUGGUUCACACACAUGGUCGCACCCGAACUUGAAGACCCUCAAGACAAAGGAAGAAAUCAUCGCACAGUUGCAGCCUGUUGAUGACGCUUUAAUGAAAAUCGUUGGUGUGAAACCAGCGAUGAUGCGACCUCCCUACGGAGAGUACAACGACAUGGUUCGGGCAGUUGCUGCAUCCCGCGGACAGUCGCUUGUGAACUGGGAUUUUGACUCUGGCGAUUCGAUUGGAUUACCUUUAAAGGACAGCGUGGCAGCUUACGAUGCACUACUCAAAAGCAACCAAUCCACCAUUAUUGCUCUGAACCACGAGACCAGUCAAACCACGGCUCAAAAGCUCAUAGAGGACGUUAUGCCCAAAUUCAAGGCUGCCGGUUACACCCUUGACACCGUCGCUGGUUGCCUCGGGUUAGAGCCAUACCAGAACGUCGGUAUUCCUGGGACUCGCGAUGCUAGCUGGACUUGUACAAACGGGCCCAAGUAGAGGGCAAGAACUCCGAGUCCUGGAAACUUGAAGUAUAACUAGUAUUCUCUUUUUGGGCUUUCUGUGCUGAAUGGUCGAGGAAAGAACAUGUUAAGCUAGUGAUGAAUCAUCAUUUUCAUUCGAAUAA